UUCGCGACUCGUUUCAGAAAAACCGAUUUUAAAAUAAAUUGAAAUUGAAUUUUGUUUUAUACUUAGUUACAGUGUGUGAACAGGAAGUGAUGGACUUACAAUGAAAGAACUCCAAAAUCUAUUCCCUAAUAAAGAGGGAUUUAUUACAUUUGCUCUGUACAUAAUAUUAUUUGUAUUUCAAGGUGUGUUCGUGACUGCAUCUAAGAACGCGCAUGGAGGAUAUUCAUAUAAUACGACUCUGGUGGUGUUUCUUACUGAGCUGUUAAAACUUGUGGCUUCCGCUACACUCUACUCAUAUAGACGAAAUGUAUUUGACAAGCCCCACAUUUUCCGAGCAGUGGCCUUGAACUACAAGCUCCUGUUGUUGUACUUCAUCCCCUCGCUACUGUACUGCUUCUACAACAACUUGGCCUUCGUGAACCUCUCGCACUACGACCCGACAUCCUACUACAUACUGCUGCAGUUCCGGGUCGUGCUCACUGCUAUACUAUUUCAGUGUCUCUUCCAAAGGAAGCUGACAUUAAUGCAAUGGGUCUCCCUUGGCAUCCUGACCCUCGGCUGCAUACUCAAGAACUUCGACGCCGCCUCCGUCCAGUCCAAGACCGCAGAUGCCAGCCUCUGGUCGCACGUAUUCAACAUAUACUUCCUAUCCAUCAACUUCCAGAACUUCUGCUCAUGCCUAGCCGGCACUUACAACGAAUACCUUCUCAAGAAACAAGGCGCCAGCGUAGACAUAUUCUUACAAAAUGUAUUCAUGUAUCUAGACUCCGUUAUCUGUAAUUUCUUCAUACUUAUGCUUAAAGGCGAACUAGGAACUGUCUUUGACGAUUUCAGCUCGUUAGCGAAUAUUUUUGUGAUACUUAUUAUUGUAAAUAGUGCCGUUGUAGGUAUAGUGACUAGCUUUUUCUUAAAGAAUCUUAACUCUAUAUUGAAAACUUACGCCAGUGCGUUAGAACUGAUUAUAACAGCGGUAGUUUGUUAUUUAUUGUUUAAUAUUUUGAUCACUUGGGGUACGGUGAUAUCUAUAUGUCUAGUCAGUAUAGCGGUGGGAAUGUAUAUGAAAAAUCCAGUAAAUAAUGCGAUUAUAGAUGAAUCCGCAAAGGGUAAAGAUCAGAAGCCCUUACUAGAGGAAGUUUGAACUGAAUAGUAGUAAGCUAUCGCUAUCUACUAUAACUUAUAAUUCUAAAAAUGGUAUAAAAUUUAAAGAGUUGCCUCUCUCUUGUAGAUCUUGAUUGUUAAGUGUCACGCGAAUUUAGCCGCAGCUUAAAAUUAAAUAAAAGCUAGUAUAAAACUUUUUUAUAUACAAAAUUCUACUCGCAAUUACUUAUUUCAAGAAUGGCGAUUUAAAGGCGGAGUGCUGCUAUUGGCGGCGGGUUCAUGUGUCUCUAAAUGCAAUGACAAUAUUGUACACCUUAAUAGUAAGAGAUAAGAUCCACUUAUUUUCUUUUUAAUGAACGAACGUUUGUAGCAUAAAUUAAUAUUCUAAUGCCUACUACCUGAGUUUUAGGAUACAUUACUAGCCGUAACAAUCCUAGUAAGUAGGUAACUAUUUGAGGUUGCUGUUCUCUUCCUGCAUACAUUGAAUGUAAUUUUCAGUGAUGUUUAUGUUAUCGAGUAACGUGAAACGUACCUAUGGUAGCCACACAGGAAUCUCUGUCGCUGGAAACAUUAGGACAGGCUGCGUCAGGUACACAGCCUCAAUGGUUGCGUGAAACGUGGUGUGAACCACCGCUAUAGAGACGGCCGAGGGCUGAGAUCCACGUAGAACCGAAGUGCUCAAACGCAGGACAAUAAUAAAUAGUUACUACCUUAUUCAUAAACGUAUUCUAUAAAGUUAUCAAGCCGAUAAAGUUCGUUUGUCCCUUUCCGACGUAUUGGUGUGAUAGAAAAGGACAAACGAACUUUAUCGGCUUGAUAACUUUAGAGCACGUUUAUGAUAGGGGGUAAGUGUCUAAAGGUGUUGGCCUAAGUGCGUUUAUACAUUAUCCGAUCCGAUAUCGGAUGUAGGACCGAUAUCCCAUACAUUACAGGCGUCAUCUUGGGUUUUUCCAUAGAAAUCCUUCCGACAUCCGUUAUCGGAUCGGAUAAUGUGAAAACGGACUAACUCCGAGCACCGCGUAGGGCCUAAGACCUGAAGCAUCCAGAAGGUCAUGCUUCGUACUGUUGUAUAUAAGAGAGAAAUCACGCUGUUUAUCGAAUAUAAAGAUGGGAUGUAUUAUAAAACGCAGUUGCUAUCAAUUGCAUUUUGAUUAUUAUUAUACUGUUUUUAAUUUAAAACAUUUUGGUUUAAUAAUUUAGUAGAACGAAGUUUUUGGAAUAAGCUCCAUGAAACAAUACAUUUUAUGAAAUAACAUAUGCAUUUUAUCUUAGUAAGUCUUUUUGCAUUUUUCUAUGCAUGAAGUAAUUUAUAGCGAUGGCCAAAUUGAUUUCAACUAUAUAUGUACCUACAGUUUUAAUACGUUGAAAUCUACGCUGGGAUCUGACAUUUCUGACUAUACCAGUAAGUAGCUGCAGUAAGCAUAAAGUGUGUUGCCUGUGCUUUGAGUUCAAAUUGGGGAAUUUAUUUUUAUUAGUGAAAGAUACAAUAAUAAUUUUAUUAUUUGUUCAUACGUGUGGUGAUAUUUUGUUAUCUAAAUCUUUAAAAUAUGCUUAUUUAUAAAUAUGAAAUAUUAUGGUAAUGUUUAUGAUGAAGAAAUCAUACUAUUCGUUACUGGAAACCAAAUAACUUAGGUAUUAAUUUUAUUUAGGUGAUAAAGUAAUAAUUAGUAUCUAACCGUCUAAAGGAACCCACUGACUAUUAUUUUCCGGACGGCAAGGAGCUUGAGCUGCCACUGUUUAAUUUUUACUCACUUUAUUUAACUGUGGAAUGAACUGUCGUGUUCGGUAUUUCCAGACCGAUACGACCUUCAAGAAAAGAGCGCACAUACCCAUCUUAAAGGCCGGCGACGCAGCUCCAACCCUUCUGGUGUUUAAGAUAUCCAUGAACGCCAGUAAUCGCUCACCAUCAGGCGAACUUUACUUCCUAUCGCAUAAAAAAACUGACAGGCCGUUACCGUCUGGCGAAAUGGUAGUCAGUGCAAUGGCAGUGGUCUCAUAAAAGUCAUAGUUUGUAUGAUGGUUCGCAGGAUAGAUAUUUUAGUUUUUAAUUUUUGAUAAAUAGUUAAUCAUUUUACCAAAUCUCAAUACCAAUAAGUAUUUUUCUCGAAUAGUCGUGAAAGUUUUAUUUCGUUGUAAUAUUUAGAAAGGUGUGAUUGUCUAAAAAAUAGACAUUUAAUGGUGCUUAUUGUAAAACGAAAUAACUGUGUAUGGUUCUAUGCCAUUGAAAACUUUUAAAAAUAGGUAGGCAUAGACUAAUAAUAUAUUAUAGACAGCUAAUCCUCGUGACAUGUUUAUAACCAAAAUGCUGUUUAAAUUGGACGGGUACGGAUAUAAGCGCUCAAUAAUACCUAUGUAUAACAAGUAGAAAUUAGCUAAUUUUUAGGGUUCCGUACCAAAAAGGUACGAAAGGAACCCUUAUGGUGCGACUCUGUGCGUGUGCGUCUGUCCAUCUGUCACAUUUUUAAAAUAUCUCGAAAACUACUUAUGCUAUCUACUUGAAAUUUGGAAUAGUUAUGAAGAGGAUUUUUUAUUUUAUUUAUUAAUAUUAAUUAUACAAAAUGGCCAAUACGAAAGGGGGGCAAAUUGUAAAUGUCAAGUGGGGUAUCGUUAAAAAGAGCUCAAAUUGUAGGUACAUAUCAAAACUAUUUUUUAUAUAUUUUUUUUUGUGGAAAAAAAAGAAUUAUGAAGGAAAAUGUAAA